AUGUCAACCGAUUUGUUGUUAAAGCCGUCGUGCCAAGUCCGCGGAUGUGGAUCGACUUCUGACUUGUACGGAAGCAACUGUAAGCACAUGACUCUGUGCUUCUCAUGUGGCAAGUCCAUGGCAGAGAACAAAGCCAAAUGCAUCCAAUGCGACGCCAUUGUCACUCGCUUAGUUCGCGAGUACAAUGUUCGGCGGGAAAGUACUGUCAACAACAAGAACUACUUCAUUGGCAGAUUCGGAACGGGUUUGCCAAACUUUUCGAAAACGAAGAAUCCUUCUCAGAAUAAAUGGUCUCUUCGUAAGGAUCUUCAAGACCCAAGAAAGAACAAGGAAGAGCAGAAAACUAAACCAUGGGUCUUGGAUGAACUAACGGGCCAGUCUCGGUAUCAGGGUCAUCAAGAAGGUGCACAGUCUGCAAGUUACUACCUACUAAUGAAGCAAGGAAAGGAGUUUUCGGCUGUUCCGGCUGGUUCUUGGUUCAACUUCAACAAGGUUGCACAAUAUAAGCAACUUACUCUAGAGGAAGCGGAAGAGAAGAUGAAUAAUAGGCAAAAGACUAAUCGAGAUGGAUAUAAAAGAUGGAUUAUGAAAUUUGGAAACGGACCUGAAAAAGUUACUGGUGAUGGUGGUGGUGGUGGAGAAGGAAACUUCUCCGACAAUGAGGAAGAAGAAACAACCAGGAAAAGAUAUAGACUUGGAUCACUCAACAAAAUAGGCGGGGAUGGUGAUGAUGAUGAGGAUAAUCUUAUAGGUGCAGAUGGUGACUUAAAUGAUGAUGGUAGUGACAAGGGUAGUGAUUGGGAGCACGAAGAAAUUUUCAGUGAUGAUGAUGAAGCUGUAGGUAAUCCUGAUGAACGAGAAGAUUUCGAACAUGAGGCUGCAGCUCCACCGGAAACUAAGCAGGAUGAUGAUGGUAAUGAAGAGGAGGCCGGGCUGAGUGAAUCAGGGAGAGAGUUGAAGAAGCUACUUGGGAGAAGUGGUGGCCUGAAUGGUAUUGAUAAGGAAGAGGAAGAUGAAGACGACGACGAUGAGGAUGAUAUGGAUGAGGAUAUUUGCUUAUUGCCUCCGGCACCAAAGCAGAAGGAUGCGCCCAAACAGCUGGAACCAUUUGACAACAGAUCCACAAAAGCAGUUACGAAGGGAAAGAGAAAACUAGAUAGUGAUCAGGCUAAUAAGGCAUCUAACACUGCACCUCCGAAGAAGAUGAAGACUGAAAAUGAACAAAAAUCAUCUGUCAGAGAGAAGCCAGCUGCUUCUGAAAUUAGUGUGCACGCCAAAGUUAUUCCAUCCUUGAAAACUGGUUCUGCUAGUCCGGUAGCUGAGGAAGAAAUUAGGGCUCUAUUGAUGCAAAAGGCACCAAUCGCCCUACCUGAUUUUGUUAAUAACUUCCCGGAAAGACGCAAAUAUUCCAAAGAGCAGAAGGAUGCUUUUACAGCAAUCGUUAAGAAAGUAUCUGAGCUAGAGAAGAAGAACGGGAUCAGCUAUGUUGUAUUGAGAAAGAAGUGA